CGGGUAAAUAACACACGACUAUUUUUUCGCUCCGUUGUGUCGGUGAAUCACCGAGUGUGAUUCUCGGAGAAGCUUUACUUUUAGUGAUUUGGAAUUCAGCCCCAAAUUCAGUCGUAUUCGUGGUAUUCGUAUUGUCCUAAAGGUAUAGCAUUUUUUUGCAAACUUGAACACACUUUUACCAGAACUGACGGUACGAAAAAUAUGGAUAUUAAUGAAGAUACAAAAAUUCGGAAGUUCCGGGCGAUGCACAUUCUGGAGAAAGUGUUGGAAGAAUUGAGAUUUGAAGGCGGUAAUAAGAUAUUUUUAACUCUUCUAGAGAAAAUGUUGGGCUUUAAUGACGGACCGACACAUAUAAGCCCUCUUCGAAGAGACAUUGCAGUUAUAUUUUUGGAGGAAAUGGAGAAAAAGUGUACUGAGGAUAUUGGAACCAUCUACCAUGAUUUGGAAGAUUUAUUCAUGCCGAAGAAGUUGAGGCAGAUCACUAGAGAAGUGAUACAAAUCAAAGAGAUAUGUGAAUUUGACAGAGGUGCUUUUGGGAUCGUAUCUCUUGGAGAAUUGACCAGAUCCGACGGUUCGGUGCAAAAAGUUGUGAUAAAAAAAGCCGGAAAUAAAAAACACGAGAGUAUGCUUCUCAAGGAAGCCAAAGUUAUGGUCCAACUAGACCAUAAGAACGUCGUCAAAUUACUAGCUUUUCAGAAAGGUAAUUUCAAGAUUGUCAUGGAGUACAUGGAGUGGCAAAGCAUCGAUGACGCUGUACAGAUUAAUAAUUUUACAAAAACAGACAUUUUGAAAGCUUUGCACGACGUGGCCUCUGGAAUGGAAUAUAUAUCCGAAAGGAAAUAUGUCCACAGGGAUCUGGCUUGCAGAAAUGUCUUUGUAGAUUCCAACAAGGGCUGCAAAAUUGGUGAUAUCGGUUUGAGUCGGUACAUUGGACAUUGCGGCAAUGAGGAGAUCAGGGAGAAGAAAUAUCUUCUAACCAUGUACAACACAGCUCCAGAGGCCAUGGCGCUUCGAAUAUUUUCAACGAAAUCCUAUGUGUGGUCCUUUGGAAUAUUAAUCUGGGAAUUGUACUAUACAAUGGAUGAUUUCUCAUUUUUGAAAUACAAUUUAGUUAACACAGCUGUGGAAUUUUUUCGCGAAUGUGGAAUUUUGGGACGUCCAAAAACAUGUCCACAGUGGCUCUACUUGUACGUCACGGAUGCAAUUUUGCUUGAAGAUCCACGCGAGAGACCGAGCUUUACUGCCAUCAGAGAGAAAAUAGAGGAAAUGUUGACAUCUCCCACACCUCCAGAAUCUUCAUCCAGUGAAGAUAGUGGUGACAGCGACUAUAGUUAUUGCUAUAACUAUAACGACAGCGAAUACAGUGACUAAGUUGUCUGUAAUAACGUCUAAACAAAAAAUACAAAAACUAAAUUUACUAAUUUUAAUUACUAAUUCGAUGCAGUAUACAGCCUCUUUAAUCUUUUAAACAUGUUAUGCAUAUUAUGUUUUCUUUUUGCUAUUAAUUGUUUACACUAUAUUUAAUUGUUGUAUAAAAUGUAUGUUUAUA